AUGGCUUGGGAUCAACUAGAGUUAGAAGCUCCUCAUAUUGCUUAUGCAUGUGUUGGAGUAUUUUGUACUUUAUUUUCAUUAGUUUCAUUAUUUGUUAAAGAAAGAUUAUAUAUUGGUGAAGCAACAGUUGCAACUAUUGCUGGAUUAAUUUUAGGACCUCAUUGUUUAGAUUGGUUAAAUCCUGUUAGUUGGGGUAAUUCUGAUUAUAUUACUUUAGAAAUUUGUAGAAUAGUUUUAUGUAUUCAAAUUAUUGCAGUUGCAGUUGAAUUACCAAGAAAAUAUAUGAAAAAACAUUGGGUAUCAGUUGCUAUAUUUUUAUUACCUGUAAUGACUGUUGGUUGGUUAGUUGUUGGAUUAUUUAUAUGGUGUUUAAUACCACAUUUUACUUUUAAUGAUGGAUUAUUAGUUAGUGCUUGUGUUACUGCAACUGAUCCAGUUUUAGCUGCUGCAGUUGUUGGUAAAGGUAAAUUUGCAGAAAGAGUUCCAGGUCAUUUACGUAAUUUAUUAUCAGCAGAAUCUGGUUGUAAUGAUGGGAUGGCUUUCCCAUUUAUUUAUUUAUCAUUAAAUUUAAUUAUUCAUUCAGGUCAUGCAGGAGAAAUUGUUAAAGAUUGGAUUUUAUUAAGUAUUUUAUGGGAAUGUGUAUUUGGAUGCUUUUUAGGAGUUGUUAUGGGUUGGUUAUUAAGAAAAGUUGUUGCAUUUGCAGAAAAUAAAAAUUUAAUUGAUCGAGAAUCAUUUUUAGCUAUAUUUAUAUUUUUAGCAUUUAAUUGUGCAGGAAUUGGAUCUAUUUUAGGAGUUGAUGAUUUAUUAGUAUCAUUUGCUGCAGGUACAGCUUUUGGAUGGAAUGGUGAUUUUUCUAAAAAGACUGAUGAAUCUCAUGUUUCUACUGUUAUUGAUUUAUUAUUAAAUUUAUCAUUUUUUGUAUAUUUUGGAGCUAUUAUUCCUUGGCCUCAAUUUAAUAGUUCAAUUAUUGGAUUAAAUGUUUGGAGAUUAAUUAUUCUUGCUUUAGUUAUUAUAUUUUUAAGAAGAGUACCUGCUGUUGUUAUAUUAAAACCAAUUACACCUGAUGUUAAAACUUGGAGAGAAGCAUUUUUUUGUGGACAUUUUGGACCAAUUGGUGUUGGUGCAUUAUUUGCAAGUAUAUUGGCAAGAAAAGAUUUGGAGAGUCAUUAUACUACUGAAGAAACUCCUUUACAUGCAUUACCAGGUGAGGAUUUCCCACAUUAUCAAUUAUUAGCAUGUAUAUGGCCCAUUGUUUGUUUUAUUGUUGUAACAUCAAUUAUUGUUCAUGGUUCUUCAGUUGCAGUAUUAACAUUGGGUAAAAGAUUAAAUAGAAUGGCCAUUACCAUGUCAUUUACAACUACCAAUGGAGAUCAAUCUGAAGGAGGUGGAUCGAAUUGGAUGCAAAGAUUACAAAAUUUAGACAGAUCAAAUACUUCAUAUUCAUUACAUAGAGUUGAUACUAUGACACCAACAGAAAAAGAUGAAAUUAAACGUCAACAAGCAGAACUGUUACAGAAUAUGCCAGAAACAAGUGGAGUUAAAGUACGUCCAGCAGGAGGGGCUAAAAGAAAAAAGAAAAGAAGAAGAGCACAACCAGGACUUAUUAAGAAAACAUUAUCAAGAGUUAAAAGUAAUGACGAUGAAGAAUCAAUGGAAGAAAGACAUCGUCCAACUCCUCAAUUUUUACAAUUAGGUGGUAGACCACAAGCUCACUCACCAAUUAAAAGUACAUCAUCAUCAGAACCAGAAGCAACUACUGAAGUUAAAGAAUCUUCAUCAUCAUCCGAUAAUAGUCCACAACAAGAAAAAGUACCAAUGGAAGACGACGAACCAAUAGAACUUGAAGAAGAAGAGAAACCAAAUAAAAAGACUUCAGGAAUUUCUAAAUAUGGUGAACAUCCAAAAGCUGAAAAAAGAUCAGUUCCAACUACUGCAUAUCAAGAUGGCAGUAAAAUUAUUAUUGAAGAUCAAAAUGGAGAAGUUAUGGAUAGUUUGACAUUACAAAAGGAACGAGGCAAAGACACUUAUAAACAUAACCAUGAAAUGGAUGGAGAAGAAGAUAGUAUACAUUCAAUGGAAUCAUUACAAAGACAUUUAACUCAAUACUCCACCAAUUCAGUUGAAAAAGAUGAAAAUUCAUCAGAAGAAAAACCAACAACAACAAAAGGAGGAUUAUUAUCACCAUUAGAGAAGAAACUUUCAAGAAAAUCAUAUUACAAAAAAGAUGAUCCACAUAGAAGAAAAGUUUAUGCACAUCGUGUUGAUAAUUUAAUUGUUAUAGAAAAUGAAGAUGGUGAUAUAAUAAGAAGAUAUAAAGUUAAUAGACAUGCAUCAACUUAUCCACAACAACAACCACCGCCACAAGCACAAAAACCAUCAAGAUCAAGAUCAUCUACAUUAGUAAAUAGAAUGAAAUCAUUUGUUGGUAUGAAACCAUCAUCACAAUCAACUACCACACCGGAACAAGAUUUUCCACAAAAUGAUAAUCCACCACAAGAAACUCCAACUAUUCACGUUACAGAUUUGGAAAAAGGAACUCAUCAUAAUAUUAUAAUACCUCAAGAAGAUAAAAAACCACAUCCACAUCACGAAAAAAUAGAUAAAAUUGAAGAUAAAAUAGCAACAAUAUUAGAAACAAAGCAUCGAAAAGGAAGUCAUCAUUUAGUUAAAAAAGCAUCACCACCACCACCUGUAUCUCAACCACUUGACGAGGAAGAAGAAGAAGACGAAGAAGAAGACGAAAGCGAAGUAGACCACGAAGAACCAAUACCAAGUUACGAAGAAGGAAUAACUGAUCAUGAAGAAGAUGAAGAAGAAACAGAAGUUGAAAAACAAAGGAGAUUACAAGCAUUAGGUAAAUUGCCCAAUAAAAAUCGUGAUGUUCAUGAUGAAGAAUAA